CGAGGUCCUGCUCAAACAACCCAAGUCCGGUAUAUUCUACAGUUCCAGUCCAAUCAAAUGAUCAACCAGGAUUGAUCCCCCUAAUUCAUGAUCCCCCGGCGGCUAUUACAAUCUGUCGCGCCCGUCUUCUCCACCAUCCGACCGCGACGCCGCCCCAUGUCGAGCUUCACCAUCAGCGCCGAAGGAGGCCCAGCACCGAUCCCCGUGCGCAGUGUCCCAGAUCUCACCAAAGAUGACCUCCUGCGCUUUCCCGCGUUCAACAUCUGGCUGUCCACGCUGCGGCGAUCCCUGGACCGACAGCGGAAUCCCGCCCACGAAUUCCACAAGGAUCCGUAUGUCUUGCGCGGCAUUGAUAUCCAGGCGGUGGAUGUCUUCGGUGGGGGACGGUUAGGGUUCGUUAAGAUGAAGUCGGUGGUUUCGACGGAGGGCGGGGAGACGCUUCCGGGGAGCGUCUUUCUACGUGGAGGGAGUGUGGGCAUGUUGCUCAUCCUCCAACCAGACGACGUGCCCCCCUCCGCAGAGGACGAAAAACACGCAAUCCUCACAGUCCAACCGCGCAUCCCAGCAGGAUCGCUCGCAUUCUCCGAGAUCCCAGCGGGAAUGCUCGACGACAGCGGGUCAUUUGCCGGCGGCGCAGCGAAGGAAAUUCAAGAAGAGACGGGCCUGAAGAUACCCCAAAGCGAGCUCAUCGACAUGACGUCGCUGGCGUUGCAGUCAGUGCCCGCCAACGAAGACGACGAGAUGCUCCAGAAAGCUGUGUAUCCGUCGGCGGGCGGAAGCGACGAGUUCAUUCCGCUGUUUCUGUGCCAGAAGCGGAUGUCGCGGGCGGAUAUAGAGGGGUUGCAGGGGCGGCUGACGGGGUUAAGGCAGCAUGGGGAGAAGAUCACGUUGAAGGUGGUGCCGUUGAAGGAUCUGUGGAGGGAGGGGUUGCGGGAUGGGAAGACGUUGGCCGCUUGGGCGUUGUACAGGGGUUUGAGGGAGGAGGGGAAAUUAUGAACCUUCUUCUGUCUCUUCUUUUUUUUUUUUUUCUUU